UUUCUCAUCGCUUCUUAUGGGAAAACAAGUGCACUCAAUGAUCACAAAGCGUGGAAUGGCUUUUGACUUAGUCUUGUCCACGUCUCUCAUAGAUAUGUAUGCCAAGGCAGGUGAUAUUACCUCUGCUUCAUGUGUCUUUAACUUGAUGCCAAUGAAGAAUCCGGCUUCGUGGAAUUCAAUGAUAGGAGAUGAAUUCAAGAAGCUGAUCGAGCGCGGUUACAAGCCUGAUCAGGUGACUUUCACUAACUUGUUAUCGGCUUGUGCUCAUGCUGGGCUAGUGGAAGAAGGGGAAAAGCAAUUCAUGUUGAUGAGUAGGCUUGGGAUAGCUGCAGAAAAGGAACAUUAUGCUUAUUGCAUUCAUGUCUGGAGCUCGGUGAAGCUAGUUACUGCUGAAGGAAUCUCGAGGCUCAGAAGAGAGCAUCCUGCAGCUUAUGAUGACUCGUUUCGCCUCACAAUCGGGGAGGUUGGAAAGAUCAGAGUAAUGCGGAUUGCGAAAGAUCCUCGCUUCGAAAGAUUACCUUGUGUACACAAAGGGACGUAUGCUGAUGACUGUCUCGUUGACAGAGUUACUCAGCAUAAGUGCUUCAUAGUGGCUACAUGUGAUAGAGAUUUAAAGCGAAGGAUUCGAAAGAUUCCUGGUGUGCCGAUCAUGUAUGUGACGCGACGCAAGUACUCAAUAGAGAAGUUGCCUGAAGCUACACUUGGUGGAGCUCCAAGAUACUGAUAAUUGAAUAGAGACCUUAUGAAUUCCAUGAAGCCCUGAAGCCUCAAGCCUGAGUUGGUCUUGGUUUAAGAUCUGAAUCAAAAUGACUUGGAAAGGCUGUGUUAUGAGAUCUGAAGCCAUUUUUGUUCUCUGGGUUGGCUAAUCUGUUGUUAAUUUGAUACAAGGUUAAUUAACAACUUCAUAGAUA